CCUAUCGAUUAGUAUUACACAGAAGAAAUCAAUUAUAGACACUAAUACAAUUAGAUCCGCUCUUCAUAGACAAACUUGGGAUUUGCGAUCCCAGGUAAGAUCGGUUCAGGAUCAUGGGAUCCUUUUCUAUCAGAUAGGAAGGGUUGUAGCACAAAAUGUACUUCUAAGUAAUUGCCCCAUAGAUCCUAUAUCUAUCUAUAUGAAGAAGAAAUCAUGUAACGAAGGGGAUUCUUAUUUGUACAAAUGGUACUUCGAACUUGGAACGAGCAUGAAGAAAUUAACGAUACUUCUUUAUCUUUUGAGUUGUUCUGCCGGAUCGGUCGCUCAAGAUCUUUGGUCUCUACCCGGACCCGAUGAAAAAAAUGGGAUCACUUCUUAUGGACUCGUUGAGAAUGAUUCGGAUCUAGUUCAUGGCCUAUUAGAAGUAGAAGGCGCUCUGGUGGGAUCUUCACGGACAGAAAAAGAUUGCAGUCCGUUUGAUAAUGAUCGAGUUACAUUGCUUCUUCGGCCCGAACCGAGGAAUCCCUUAGAUAUGAUGCAAAAAGCAUCUUGUUCUAUCUUUGAUCAGAGAUUUCUCUAUGAAAAAUACGAAUCGGAGUUUGAAUUUGAAGAAGGGGAGGGGGAAGGAGCCCUUGACCCGCAACAGAUAGAGGAGGAUUUAUUCAAUCACAUAGUUUGGGCUCCUAGAAUAUGGCGCCCUUGGGGCUUUCUAUUUGAUUGUAUCGAAAGGCCCAAUGAAUUGGGAUUUCCCUAUUGGUCCAGGUCAUUUCGGGGCAAGCGGAUCAUUUAUGAUGAAGAGGAUGAGCUUCAAGAGAAUGAUUCGGAGUUCUUGCAGAGUGGAACCAUGCAGUACCAGACACGAGAUAGAUCUUCCAAAGAACAAGGCCUUUUUCAAAUAAGCCAAUUCAUUUGGGACCCUGCAGAUCCGCUCUUUUUCCUAUUCAAAGAUCAGCCCCCUGGCUCUGUGUUUUCACAUCGAGAAUUAUUUGCAGAUGAAGAGAUGUCAAAGGGGCUUCUUACUUCCCAAAGAGAUCCUUCUACAUCUAUAUAUAAACGCUGGUUUAUCAAGACUACACAAGAAAAGCACUUCGAAUUGUUGAUUAAUCGUCAGAGAUGGCUUAGAACCAAUAGUUCAUUAUCUAAUGGAUCUUUCCGUUCUAAUACUCUAUCCGAGAGUUAUCAGUAUUUAUCAACUCUGUUCCUAUCUAACGGAACGCUAUUGGAUCAAAUGACAAAGACAUUGUUAAGAAAAAGAUGGCUUUUCCCGGAUGAAAUGAAAAUUGGAUUCAUGUAA